GCCGUUGCCCGUGCCCGUGCCCGCGCCCGCGCAGCGCCGCAGCAGCUCGUCCCCAUGGCUAACAUGGAGUUGUUCGGUGCGCAGCAGCCGCAGGCCGCCUCCGGUAACGGGGCGACGGACGGCGCCGAGGAAGACCCUGCCGCUGCCUUCCUGGCGCAGCAGGAGAACGAGAUCGCGGGCAUCGAGAACGACGAGGGAUACGGCAUCCUGGAGAGCGGCGACGUGCCGGAGGCGCUGCAGGCGGCGGAGGGCUUCGACUCCGGUGCUGUUGAUGGAGUGAUGAAUGGAGUUGUCUAUCAGGUAAGAUACAAGUAA